AUGAUGCGCACGUGGCUAUCCGCUGCCGUUGUGCUGUUUGGUGCAUCGUCAGUCCUAGCCGACCAGACUACAUGUUCCCUUGACAAUCACUGUCCCGAGGAGACACCAUGCUGCUCUCAAUACGGACAAUGUGGCGUUGGUGCAUACUGCCUAGGAGGCUGCGACCCUAGAAUGUCGUUUUCGCUAGACUCUUGUGUGCCAGCACCAGUCUGCGCCUCCAAAACCUUGAAAAUGGAUAACACGGACAAUGUUGUAGACGUUUCCAAGUACCUGGGUGACCCAACUCAGGCCGACUGGGUGGCACAAGGCAGCGCCGUCCCAUUCAACGGCAAUACUCUCUUGACCAUGAAGCCCAACACUGCUGGCACCGUUCUCGCAUCGACGGUAUAUCUGUGGUAUGGAAAUGUCAAGGCAAAAAUCAAGACAGGCCGAGGCGCUGGAGUCGUCACGGCCUUUAUUCUCUUGAGUGACGUCAAGGACGAAAUCGACUACGAAUGGGUCGGCACUGAACUUGACAUUGCACAAACCAACUAUUACUUUCAGGGUAUCCCCGACUAUACGCACUCGGCUAACAUUACUGAUGUAUCCGAUACAAACGCCAAUUUCCAUGAGUACGAAAUUCGCUGGACUCCCGACGACAUCACGUGGCUUGUAGAUGGAGUAGUUGGCCGGGUUCAGAAGAAGUCAGAUACUUGGAAUGCCACUGCGAACCAGUGGGACUUUCCCCAGACCCCUUCUCGCCUUCAACUGUCCAUCUGGCCAGGAGGAGCCAGCACCAACGCCAAAGGUACUAUUGACUGGGCCGGUGGGCCGAUCGAUUGGGACAGCGCCGACAUUCAGCGAGAUGGUUACUACUACGCCACUUUCGGCGAAGUGGACAUUGAAUGCUACCAGACCAACACGCCUCCCGGCACAAACUCUGGAAAGAGCUACACGUACAAGGACGCAAAAGCAACCAAUGAUACCGUUGUUGAUGGCGACGACAACACAAUUCUCAAGUCUCUGCUGGGAACCGGACUUGACAUGGACAAGGAGCUCCCCGCCACAGCCUCGGGAACCGCCGAGGUUAUUCCCGGUCUCAGCGGCGGCGGCCCCGGCACAAACGGCGAGGCUGCCGGCUCAAGUGAUGGUGGCAGUUCUAGCAGCAGUAGCGGCAGCAGCAGCAGCAGCGGAUCUGGAUCUACCAAGUGUGACAGCAGCAGUGGAUUCCAACAGAACUGCAACAGCGACAGCAGUAGCACCAGCGGCGCAGCCGUGAGACAGGACCACAUCCUUAUUGGUAGCUCAUUUGCCGCAAUUGCGACUGUUUUGGGCGCUUUAAUGCUAUGA